UUUUCUUUAGUCAAUUAAAUCAUAAUAUUAUACAAUAUUGAAAUUUUAUACUUUUAACGAAUCGUGUACCGGCUUCUAUAUUCAGCUUGUUUAGAGAACGCCAUUGUGAACCAUAUCGACUUUCUUAACAGUAGUGAAAUAACAUAACACGAAAAAAUGGCACAAGAAGCUGAUAUGCCAACAUUCAAAUGUGUCCUAGUUGGGGAUGGUGGUACAGGAAAAACUACAUUUGUUAAACGGCAUCUUACUGGUGAAUUUGAGAAGAAAUAUGUGGCAACGUUAGGUGUUGAAGUACAUCCAUUAGUUUUUCAUACGAAUCGUGGUCAAAUCCGAUUUAAUGUAUGGGAUACAGCUGGUCAAGAGAAAUUUGGUGGAUUACGUGAUGGUUAUUAUAUUCAAGGACAGUGUGCUAUUAUUAUGUUUGAUGUUACAUCAAGAGUUACGUAUAAAAAUGUACCCAAUUGGCAUCGGGAUUUAGUUCGAGUGUGUGAAAAUGUACCAAUUGUUUUAUGUGGAAAUAAAGUUGAUAUUAAAGAUAGAAAAGUCAAAGCCAAAACUAUUGUAUUCCACAGAAAAAAGAAUUUACAAUAUUACGAUAUCUCUGCCAAAUCAAAUUACAACUUCGAGAAACCAUUCUUAUGGUUAGCACGAAAAUUAAUUGGUGAUCCAAAUCUUGAAUUCGUUGCUAUGCCCGCUUUAGUACCACCAGAAGUACAUAUGGACCCACACUGGCAACAACAAAUCGAAAAUGAUCUUAAAGAAGCUCAAGAAACAGCUUUACCCGAAGACGAUGAAGAUCUUUAAGUUAAUUAUUUGGUAUAUUUACAUAUUUAAAAUCAAAAACAAUAAUUUGUGUUUGUU